GUGACAGUAGGCUACAGUUUCAGCUGGCAACACAACAAUGCAAUUAAUUUAUAUAUCAUGCAUAUGCUUCAUAUUUGCUGUGAUCUUGCAGCCGCGCGCUGCAGAUGCCAACUACCAACCGGCGCCGCAUCGAGAAGACCCUAUAGAGUUAUCUUGUGUCAUCAAUGAUGAGGUGAACUGCAGUUUGUCCCAGUCAAACCAUCCAGGCGAUGUCGAUGCAGGAAAAAGUAUCCCUUUAGAAGUGGCCGUGGGACAAACGGUGAAGGUGACAUUACGCUGCAAGUCCAAAUAUGACACCUCAUGGGGUUGGAGAGACAACUCUACUGAUAAACCCAUUGUGCUUGGGCAGCAGCGCAGGCAAGGUGACUUUGUGUUUGAGUUUCAAGUCACCGAAAGACACGAUGGUGUGGCCAUCCUGCACUGUGGAAACAACAGCACAAACUUUACCCUGACUGUGGACAUCAACAUCAAACCAACCCUGAGGAGACCUAGCUCCCCUGUCCUGCGUGUUGCUAGGGGACCUCCAGGCUACGCUGAGGUCUUCGUCUGCAGCUCAGAGGGACACCCUGACCCAAACAUAACAUGGUACAAGGAUGACACAAAACAAAAACAGACACCAUCCGAGAAAAAAGGAAAUGCAAUGGAAAGCAACAUGACUAGCUACAAUACGCAGACGUUUGCGAUUAGAUGCUGUGCUUCCAACACCUUGGGAGAAGAGUGUACUCUACUUCACAGCUAUGAUCUGGACAAGCCUAAGGCCAGUCCUCCUGUUCAGGCUGUCCUUGGUCAUACUCUUCUGCUGCGCUGUAUGUCUAAGGAGGUCUACCCCUUUCACUGGUACAUCAAUGGCUCAAAGGACGACAAUUUUUCACGCUUCACUGGUUCGUCUACGGCGUCUACGUAUCUACAACUGAAUGUGAGUGACUUACCCGUUGGUGCUGAAAUCAGCUGUAAGGGUGACAAUAAAGCCCAGUCAGUACAGCUGAAUGUUGUGGAGAAAGGAUUCAUCAAUCUUCUUGCACUGAAUGAGGACAACACGAUCAGAGCCAAUGAGACGUCUUCGUUUUGCUUCGAGGCCGCCGUGCGCUCCUUCCCACUGGCUGCGUGUCACUGGAUGACUCCGAAUGGAGAGAAGCUGAAAUGCCAAGGAGAAGAGAACAGAUGGGAGGGGAACAGCUCCUACAGGCUGUGUCCCAAAGAGCCCGGUGCCUAUCAGCUCCUGCUGGAGAACAGAGACGCCACCGUCAGCAGGAACUUGACAUUGUGUGUCACUGACAGACCAGCGUUUGCUAUCGGUGACAAUGGAACUGCGGUGACCUGCGUGACCAGUAGCCCCCAGUCCUGGAACCUCAGCUGGAUGUCCUGUCAGUAUGAGCAUGAUUGUCUGAAUUCUUCCAUAUGGAUAGAGUGGUUUCCUCCUCCUCCUCCUGAGGUUUCCGACUCCCCGAAGUUCUGCCAUGACGAGAUCGCCAGCUCCGUGCCCUCCAAAGACCUCCAAGGGCAGACGCUGAGGUGUUGCCUUGACAACCUAGCUGGAAGAUACUGCAGUGACCAGCACAUCAUUAAGCCAUCGCCUGCUCAUCAUAGUGCAGGGUUACGGGGCGGUCAGGAUAAUUCCAGCCUCCUGAUGGGUGUCAUCGCCAUGCUUGUCAUGAUCGUCGUCUUGGCAACCACGUCCUGCCUGUAUUUCAUGAGGAAAAAGAAGCCAGUGUACCAGAGUCAGCUGCAGAUGAUCCAGAUGGUGGGCUCCUCUGAUAACGAUUACGUCUACAUCGACUUCAAGGACUUCAAAUACGACCAGAAGUGGGAGUUCCCACGAGAGAACCUGGAGCUAGGGAAAGAGCUGGGUGCAGGAGCGUUUGGGCGCGUGGUGCAGGCGACGGCCUAUGGUAUCACCAAACCAGGAGUGUCCAUGCAGGUGGCCGUCAAAAUGCUUUAAGAUAAGCAUCAGAGUGUGGAGCGCGAUGCCCUGAUGUCAGAGCUGAAGAUGCUGAGCUACAUCGGUAACCAUGACAACAUCGUCAACCUGCUGGGAGCCUGCACAUGCUCAUCAGGACCACCCUACCUGAUCUUCCAGUUCUGCUGUAACGGGGACCUUCUCAACUACCUGAAGAGUAAUCGCGAACGCUUCCACAAGUCUCUCACCGACGCCAUCACCAAAGAUCGCUUCACCAACCUUUACCAUAACUACCAACCCAAACAGAACACCAGUGGCGACUACCAGCACCCCGCCAGCGCCUACGUCCCCAUGUCACCAGCCAGCCAUCACGAUCACGAGGCCCUGGCCCUGCUUGGCCAAAACCCACCUGCUGAUGACAUCUCCGAAGGUGUCUGCCACCUGGAUGAGUCUGUGGAGGACUUGGAGGAUCUCCAGGAGGACGAGGACCUGAACCUGCUGACGUUUGGAGACCUGCUCAGCUUCUCCUACCAGGUGGCCAAGGGGAUGGAGUUCCUGUCCGAGAAGAACUGCAUCCACCGAGACCUGGCUGCCAGGAACGUGCUGGUGACGCGUGGCCGCCUGGUGAAGAUCGGGGACUUUGGUCUGGCCCGAGACAUCGACAACGACUCCAACUAUGUGGUCAGAGGCAAUGCGCGUCUGCCAGUCAAGUGGAUGGCUCCAGAGAGUGUGUUCAGGGGCGUGUACACCAUGGAGAGCGACGUCUGGGCUUACGGCAUCCUACUCUGGGAGAUCUUCUCCCUCGGUGUAACUCCCUACCCUGGUAUGAAGGUUGACAGCCAUUUCUACAGUCUGAUAGAGCGCGGCUUCCAGAUGGAGCAGCCCUACUACGCCAGCGAGUCAGUCUACCAGGUGAUGCGCCGUUGCUGGGCGCUGGAGCCUGAGGACCGGCCCUGCUUCUCCAAACUAGUGGUCGUCAUGGAGACCGAGCUGGCGGACAUGGAGGAGAAGGUUUACCUGAACAUUUCCAAACAGGACAACAGCAGCUCCCUGUACCAAAACCUCCCAGAUGAGAUGGCAGAGCAUCAUCAGUUCUCCGUCCCAAAGCUGGAGGAGUCUGCUGGUAGUGAAACACCCAGUGAGGAGACGCCACAUGAGAGACACACAGAGGAGGCAACACACACACACACACAUGACCAGGACAUAUGAUGACGCAACGGUUUGGAAACACACGUGUCUGUGUUCAUCAGAGGGGUUCACUAAGAAGCUGGUUCAGGAGUAAAGCAGGGCAACUCCUGCCAAUUUCAAUGUGCUGCUGUAUUGCUCACGCUACCCUUGACUUGUCAACUUUUGUUUACAUUUUUUAAAAAAUGAGCAUAGGCCUACUCCAAAUAUUUUCCCAAAAGGUAUCACUGUUUGCUAGCUGUCUGCUGAUGUUGCAUAACCUUUUGGAUGUUUUUGGGAAUAAAUAAAAAUGUUUUUUUUUAAAUGUAAACAAAAGUUGCCCCCAUUAGAAUAGCUCAUAUCUCGGAAAGGGCU